AUGAGAGUAUCCUUUUCCCGGCUCGUCACCGCCGCGGCGGUGCUGGUCUCCUCUACAGUGGCACUUGACCCCUACAACUGCAACGGCACCGUCAAGGAGCGAAAUGGAGCAGACUUCAUCCUGGUCCGGCAAGCUGACAACCCAAACGUGGCUUCCCUCGCCAAAAUCUUCGCAGCCAAGGGCAAGAAUGUGUCGGUUGCCCACGUCUUCAACGACGGCAAUCACAAAAUGACCACCGAUCGGAACGGGUACAAGCACUGGGAGAAGACGGCAGAUUACGACGACGAGAACACCACGAAGUGGACGCCUCAGGGCGUGACUGGCACGUGGGAUGCUCUGGAUGCCGGGACAUACGAGGGCAAGGACGGAUGGCUAGUCUCGUGGUACACCGGCAGCGACGAUAGCGUCAGAAUCUCGUUUGUCGACAAGUCCAACGACAAGUAUCGCAACGCUCUGCUAGUGUAUCCGCAUGCUGCCGACAACUUCCGAGAAGUGCCAGUUCAUUCAGGCGGCAUUGUCUGGUACGGCAACACCCUGUGGGUGGUUGACACAAAAAACGGAAUCCGUGUCUUUGACAUGGACAACAUCUGGCAAGUAAGCAGCGGCGAUAACGUGGGCAAGAACGCCGACGGCACAUACUCGGCCAGAGGCUACAAAUAUGUCAUCCCGCAAAUCAGGUGGUACAAAUGGUCGGGUACCAAGCCCUUCCGCCACAGCUACGUCGCCCUCGACAGGACGACCAGCCCGGACAGCCUCAUCGUUGGCGAGUACCAAACCGACAGCAGCGCCGUCCCCGUGCGUGUGGUUCGCUAUCCGCUUGACUACACGACGCGCACACUGAAGGCGGGCUCCGACGGCAAGACCACCAAGGCCUCGUGGGCAUAUUGCCUGAACAUCGACAGCGUCCAGGGUGUGGUUUCGGCCAAGGGCAAGUUUUACAUUUCGUCAAGCAACGGCGCCGGCAAGAACGGUGACCUGUUUGCCUGGGUCCCAGGAUCGACCGCGCACAAAAAGACGGGCUUCUAUCCGCCAGGCCCGGAGGACCUCAGUUACGACAAGCGCAACGGCGGCAGGCUGUACACGGUGACAGAGCACCCCGGAAAACGGUACAUUGUCCCCAAAGCCAUCAGCGCGGUCGAUGCCUGA